GAGAAGGAGCCGGGCAGCUCAGGCACGGGUUGUGGCAGCAGGCACUAUGGGCUCCCUCCUCUUCUUCUUACAUUGUGUGGUAGGGGUCACCACCAGCAGCAUCAUGGGUCCAGAUGUCAACCACACAGAUCACUUAGUGAACAUCAAUAGCACAGAAAUCACAAGAGUGACCCCAGGAGGAAUGACAACUUCAGAGAGAAUCUUUGAGACUACUCAACUCUCUGAGACUUCAACUGUCACCCACACUCCCUUGAAAUCCAAAACAUCUUUGGCUUUUGAGACCUUGGCACAAGCCAGAACUACCUAUGAAGCUGAGAAGAGGAUUACAGAGUCCUUUCCCCCUAUGGAGACACUGAUAAUAAUGGAUGCCCUGGAUGAAACAGAGACCACAACCCUACUGGAGAGCACUAACCCCACUGGUCCCUCUGUAACAGUUGUCUCAGAAUCAGGGAUAGCCUUAGGCAAAACCCACAGCCAAGCUAAAACCUUGAUGGUGGCUUCUUCUACCAUGGAAGCAGAGAUGGCCACAGAGGAAACUCUUGUCCUAGAGGAAGCUUGGCUUGGAAUAAACAUCCUCCACAAAGCAGGCUGGAAACAAUUAAACAAGCCAGUGCUGUUAUCUCUUCCACCCUCCCAACAUCAUGGAAAACAUGCACACCACCUCACAGACCGCCAUGACUACUUAUACUGGACUUUCCCAGAAAACUAUAAAACUACUGUUAAGACUCCUAGUUUCACUGAAGGCAUGAGCACAGUGGAUAUUUCCAAAGAAUCAGAGACCUCAAACCCUUUUAGAACCAUUGUCUCUGAGGAGACCUCUGGGAUAAUUGUACCCCCAGAAACAAACACUGCCAUCACGGAAGAAAUAAUACCCUGUACAAUCCUGGAUCUGGUCACUGAGACAGCAGACACCAUAGAAAGAGAAGGAACUCUUAUGGAGACCACGACUCUCCCUGUAGCCUUGGUUACAGUCAGUCCCAUCACAGAAGCCACCAUACUGACAACCAACCUCAUCGAUACCUUCUCUACAGCUGGAAGUACCCAAGAAAUAAAGACAGCUACUGCUAUUACCUCAACCACAGUCUCUACCAACACAGAAGCAAAGACUUCAGCCCUUCUAACAGGCACGUCUGCUGAGGUCUUAGAUGGCAACAACUCACAGCCAAAGAGCAGAGGUGAGGAGACAACCUCAACUGGUGACUUCCCAGAAACAAUCAGGACUGGAGCUAAGAACACUUUUCCCCCUGAGACCUCAAUGACAAUUGACAGCUCUACAGAAAAAGGGAUGUUGUCCCUCUUAAAGACUAUUUUCUUUUCUGAGCCUUCAACUUCAUCUUCCUCAGUUGAAGAAGAGUCAAGUGCAGCUGUUGAGACCUUGACAACAGCCAACAUGAUCACCAUGGCAGUACCAACUGCAGUUGAGACCCCUGAUACCACAAUUCACACUGUAGAAAGUACAACCAAAACAGUAAAUGACUCAUUGAAUACAAUCUAUAUUCCUAUGACAGAAGAAACCAUGGCUCCAUUUGAGACAACUGUCUUCACUGAGGUCCCAAGUACAGUUACCAUCUCCCCAGGGGAAGGAUCAAAAGUAGCCAAGCUUACUACCUCUGCUAAGUUUUCCUAUAAAGUCGAUAUGACCACAGAAGGGACAACAGCUUCAGGAAUAAAUUCCUCCAUAGACAAGACUUUAACCUCCAUUGAGACUCCAGAAAUGAUCUCAACAACAGGAAAGCAAAUGACUACAAUGCAUGCUACUACUGCUCUGAUGGGUCAAAACACCAAAGCUGAUUCCAGUCAGGAUGGAGGCUUUCUCCUAUUACGGCUUAUUGUGUCUUCUUCCCUGGACCUCACUGACUUCAAGGUGGCAAAAGGACUCCUGAGCCAGCUUCAUCAAGAUCUGCAGGUCCAGGUCCCCUACACCCAGAUCUCCUUGCUGAAGGUCACCAGGGUCUGAGGAGUUGUUAGCAGCAGCCUGGAGAAGUCUCCAAUGCUUGGGAGAUGACUUCAGUCAAAGGAAGACAAUGCUACUAAUAAAGUAAUGUAAUGGUGGGCUACAUUCCUAUACAAAGGUGUUCCUGGAAGGUCCCAAAAGAAACCAUCUUCUUUAACUCCCCUUAUCUCCACAUAGAAUAGUACAGCUGGGGGGUUUUCCUCGGGGGUCUGGGCAGAAGGUCAAAGAAUCCGUAGCCACAUGUAUGAAUAUUCUAAUAAAGAGCUAUUUCCCCCCCA